CUAUAACUAUCUGCGCCUGUGCACAUGAGGCUGGUUCUAAUCACUUCGAAAGUGCUUGGCUAUGGCCUACCGUAAUGGCCUGCAUGGCUUUAGGCCAAAGUACCUCCAGUUCCUCUGGAGGUGGGAGCGGAUGGCAGGAGAUGGGCCUGUGGUGACAGCCGUCUUGGAUUACAGCCACUGUAACCUGGAGGCGAGGCUAAAGAUAAACGUGGAGGGAGCUAAAGACGAGGAGAUGAGGGCGGACCAGGGACUACAGGCGGCCAUCACAGAGGGCGAGAACCGAGCCAAGAGGAGGUACAGGAGAGACGGGAUCACAGAGGAGGUCAAGGUGACUGUCUCGUACCUAGAGGCAGAAUCCUCAGCUGGUACUACGGAGAGGGAACAGGAAACCCGGGACACUGAGGCAGAGAGCGAAGCGAGUGACUUGGACGUGGAAACCCAGUCCUGGCACGGACUGGACCAAUGGCAUCGGGACCAUGUGCUAGCUGAAGCGGUGGAGGAUGACCCGAAGGCCAGCUCGCGAAGGGCAUGAGACUAGGACCGCCACUCAGUCACAGAGGGGACGGACACGAUUGGUGAGAGAGAGAGAGAGUUACGUCGUGUGUUCGAAAUCGUCUCAGCUCCGUGUC